CUGGCUCGACCAGGCCGACAAGUGAUGGGAACCGAGUGUAUUGAUACCUUUUCUCUUCGGACUAGCAGCAGUGAUCCCCCUGCUCGGCCGCUUCCUCCUCUUCGCCCUUACCCCUUACGCAGAUGAAUCGCUUCUCUACCUUCUCUCUCCCUUCCGAUCUUCCAACUCUCUAGCCAUCUUGGGCCGAACCCCUUCUAACCUUGGAGAUUCGCCCCGCUCCGAUCCCUCCUUUCCAUUCUUCUUACAUCCGCAAGUGGACUGAGUUUGCGACGGUCAGCGCGUGGAUGCUAACGGUGAAGUGCCACUGGGCACGGUAUUAUAGCAAUCGGAAGUUGGAGAUCUAUAACGAGAUCUCACUAGUGCUAGCACAAGCGUGGUCGGAGGAGGCAAAGACUGACAACACCUUAGUUGGGCUCCUCUGUGGAGGGAUCGCCGAAGGAGGCCGAGCGACUAUCCCCUACGAGAUCCUCACGUUCCUAUCUCAGCUUGUGGACGAUCUGCCAACGAGCAUCAUCUCCUUCAAUCCAAGCAAUCCUAGCGAAGCCGGGCCUGUCACUGUGGAAAGAACGUUGACGCCGACAGUAAUUUGGCCAAACUGUACAGAGGAUGUCGGUCAAUACUUGAGUGAUCACGAUCCUACGGCUUGGUGCUAUCUGGACCUGAACGAGCUCGCGCCGGAUAAUUCCAAUCUGAACGAGUACUGGAACGCUCAUUUGGCACACGGAGAGGUGUCGUCGGACGACGACCCAAGUCGCAUAGCCAUCGCGGGGCUGUCAACGGAAGAAGAGUCGGAAGCCCGAUCAACGACAAAGGAGGAAGAGGAGGCAUUGGCACCCGAGCCCCAGGAGGCUCCUCCAGUCCGAGCACCACCUGCCGCACGAGGAGGAUCUGCCCUGAACCCCGAAGUCCCCUCCGACACCGCCAGCCGUCACGAUAGUGCGGAAUCUUCCUGCCGGCGCCACCGCUCUCGCUCAGCAUCUCCUUCCUCCACCUCCCCCUUCGUGCUUCGUCCCCGUCCUCCUCCCCGCACGGGCGCUCCGUCCUCGUCCCAUCUACCGCCGCCCUCUUGAUUAUCUUUCAUUUUCACCUCUUCCCCAUAUCGAAUUCCCCCUAACCUAUCGCAUGUUCGCCAACCAACUCUUCUGCCACCACUUCGUUGUGCGACUCCUGUGCACAGUCUUUCCACAUUGUUCCCCCUCCUUCCCUCUCAACAUCCUUCUUUUCAGUAUCGCCUGGAGGCAACCAUAUGGAGUUGUAUUGCAUCGUCUCCGAAACUUUCCCCGCGGCAGAGGAUUAUGAAUCUCUACGCGGUAAUAUUCUCUGGAAUAUCCCAACCCUCUAUCCAGACUAUCUCCUCUCCCUCUCUCGACCCAAUCAUCAAUUCCCUUGCGCGCACCUAAUCGUCCACUUUGUCGAUCUCAGUGACGAAGCCUCCGACUUAUUUCCUCCCCUCCCAGCCGAAUGGCCAAGACCACUCCAUCACCCUCUCCUCGUCAACUAUCGCCGAUAGGAUUUCAAGUAAUGAAGCGGAACCGGCCAA